AUGAAGCAAAUUCUUUACCAAGACAAACAUGACCAAGAAUGGGUUCAAAAGGUGUCGGAAUCAUCUUUAAAGAUGUUAGAUUCAUGUGGUACAAUUAAAGACAUACUAUGUCUAGUCAAGGGUCACAUUCAAGAACUCCAGUCCACAUUUCGCCGAGCCAGUCUCGGCGAAUCAGAGAGAAAACUCACAGCAUAUUGUUUUCAAAGAAAAGAAAUGAGAAAACAGAUGCUGAAGAGGCUAAACUCCCUUAAAAAGGUGAACACGUGCACUGGGGGUCUUGAUGAGACCCCAAUCGAUGAUAACCUCAUGGUUGUGGGUAAUGUGAUGAAACAAGUUAGAAAAACGGUUGUUAUAUUGUUGGAGUCAAUUAUGUUGCUCAUGUCCAUGCCUAAUCCUAGCCUUAAAACGACGAAGAAGGUGAUUAAUUGUAAUGGGGCUUUCGCGGCAAAGGUGAAGUUUACGAGGGUGAAUAGCUUAAGCCAAUGGGAGGAUUGUGAUGAUGUGCAAACAAUCCAAAGUGCAAUAGAGAGACUAGAAGCUGUGGAAAGUGCGAUGGAAGAUCUAGAAGUUGAAUUAGGGUGCAUUUUUAAGAGGUUGAUGAGGACAAGAGUUUUGUUGCUCAAUAUACUCACAAACUAG